AUGACCGACGGCACGAAUCCGAAAUUGAUGACGAUAGCGACUACCAGGGACAAGGCUCGAAUGGUGCUCAAGGCACUGAAGGCCUCGGUCUCCUCCCCAAGUACGAUAUCUUCGCUCUCUGCCCGCUCAUUGUCCUUGAAGAUGUCAGCUGAAGGGCAGUCAACGGAGAGGCCUUCACGCCGCGAAGGAGGUGUGAGGGCAUCUGCCCUCGUUGCGUUGAUUUCAAUCGGUGCCUACGGCUCUUCGCGACUAGUCAUGCUUGAAUUGAUCCCUUUAACUUGGGAUGGUUUCCAGCGUGCCGUGUUCCAUCGACUGACCUCGACGUGUUUCGUCGUGGAUAUGGCGCAUAUAUCCACGUUAGCUGCAGAAAUUGGUUCAGUUGUAUUACUAGCUACAUCGAGAUUUGAAACAGCACAAUACAUCAGUUUAAUUCUCUUUUUACCAAUGCUAGCACGCAAACUUGUGUCGCUGUUUGAGUGGGACAAUUUUCUACAAACUUGCAUACUUUCCCAUGACAGCAUGGUUUGCCAUCACGAGUUUCGCGUUUUCCCUCGGAAGGGAGAAGAUUUACAGUCAGGGUGGUUUCGAGAAGUCGUUCUGAUCCGCAGAGAAUCGUUCUGA